GAGAGGGGCGGGGCGUAGCACGGCGGGCCUGGCCGGGCAGCGAUGGCGGCUGACGGGGACUGGCAGGAUUUCUAUGAGUUCCAGGAGCCGGCCCGGGGCCGCCUGGACCAGCAGAAUCGUAACGCCGGGGCCAGGGCGCUUGAUGAUGAGGGAGGCGUCGGCUUCUCGGCGCUGGCGUGCGGCUUGGAGGAGAAGCUGAGCCUGUGUUUUCGCCCCUCCAGCCCGGACGCGGAGGCUCCGAGGGCGGCGGUCAGGCCAAUCACCGAGCGGAGCCUCCUGCAGGAGGAUGAGAUUUGGAAUGCAUUAACAGAUAAUUAUGGUAAUGUGAUGCCAGUAGAUUGGAAGUCAUCCCAUACUAGAACUUUGCAUUUGCUCACCUUGAACCUCUCUGAAAAAGGGAUAAAUGACAAUUUGAUUCUUGAUACCUCGGAUGAUGAGGAGUUGAGGGAACAACUGGAUAUGCAUUCGAUUAUAGUUUCCUGCAUCAAUGAUGAACCCCUUUUCACAGCAGAUCAGGUUAUUGAGGAAAUAGAAGAAAUGAUGCAAGAAUCACCUGAUCCAGAAGAUGAUGAAACUCCAACACAGUCAGAUCGUCUCUCCAUGCUUUCCCAGGAAAUUCAAACUCUUAAGAGAUCUAGUACAAGCAGUUAUGAGGAGAGGGUAAAAAGGCUCUCAGUGAGUGAAUUAAAUGAACUACUAGAAGAAAUUGAGACUGCUAUCAAAGAUUACUCUGAAGAGUUGGUUCAGCAGUUAGCUCUUCGAGAUGAGCUAGAGUUUGAAAAGGAAGUGAAAAACAGCUUUAUUUCUGUCCUUAUUGAAGUUCAAAACAAACAAAAGGAACAUAAAGAAACAACAAAAAAGAAAAAGAAGCUGAAAAAUAACAGCCCGCAGAAUGGCAAGAAUGAGAAAAGUCAUAUGCCUGGGACACGCUUCAGCAUGGAAGGGAUCUCAAAUGUCAUUCAGAAUGGCUUCCGCCACACCUUUGGGAAUUCGGGUGGAGAGAAACAGUACUUGACAACAGUCAUUCCUUAUGAGAAAAAAAAUGGACCACCUUCUGUUGAAGAUCUUCAAAUAUUAACAAAAAUCCUUCAUGCAAUGAAGGAAGACAGUGACAAAGUUCCAAGUUUGUUAACAGACUACAUUCUGAAAGUUCUGUGCCCUACAUAGAGGAGCAAGCAGUUCACCUUCCUUGGACAACAAGCUAAAUAUACUGUUAGCAUUAUCUCACAACCUUGCCUGUAUUUACCUCCCAGCGAUGGAAACUGAAGCACUCGAGCACAUGAUGAUAAACUUCAGUAUUAAUAGGCAAUGGCUCCACUCAUACCUUGUUUUGAACCAAGAAAAAUUUUGAAUCAUGACCAUUAUUUUCAUUUUUGUUAAUCUAUUAACAGUCAUAAACUAUCCCUUUGCCUUGAGGAAGGCAGAAUAACAUUAAUUGUGCAGUUCCCAUUUGUAUAUUAAGACUGAGUUUUUAUUGGUUUCUAGACAUUAACUGCACUGAAAAAUCAAGCCUCAAGUGUUGAGAAAUAUAAUCUGUGUUCUCCAGUGAUAGCACGAACACUGAUUUUUUUUAAAUAAGAAAAUUAGAAUAUUAGCUACCAGUAUUGUAUAUAGAUUGAAUCUUACAGAGCUUGCAUUGCUUUUAAGGAACUAAAAGCAGGCUUUGCUUUCCUUUUAGUUACUAUUGGUGAAUGCAAAUAAUCAUCAUGCUAUUGAAGAUAAUUGUAUAGUUUGCUAUUUGUUUUUAACCAGUGGUUUAUUUUUAAUAUUUAAUAGCCAUUCACUUCCAAUAUCACUUUUAAAUAUUUUAUUCCAUGUAAUUCUAUUUGAAUUGUUUGGAAAUGCACUUUAAGAGGAGUUCUUAUCCUUUGUGGUGCUGGAGAAAUGCUAUACUACAGUAUUGUCCUUGUCUCUUCCAGUGUAGUAUGGUGGUAUUUAUAGUCAUAUUUUCUUAAAGCAUUAAUUCUACUCAUGGAAUUAUCAUGGAUAAUUCAGACAACAUGUUUGCCAGUCUGAUCAAGCCAAUGUCAUGUAAUAAAUGUUUAAAAAAUCAGUUAUCAUAAAAUAUCUUCAAAUGUCUUAUUCUGAAAUUUUAAAUUCAGGCUUCCUGAAGAGAUUUCCUUUAAUGUUUCAGUAACUUAUUUUUACUAAUUUACCCUGUAGAAUUUAGAGCUUUAACCUGAAGAAUUCCACACAACAAGAAAGUUAAGAGACCAUAGCAACUUCAAGAGAGCUGUCAUAGAAAUCUUCCUCAUUUCUUAGGAUUACAUACAAUACUUUUAUGUGUACAUGACACCAUGUUAUAGGUAUGGCAUUUUCAUGUUUAUGAUAGCAUAUAUUGAUACCUGAUAGAGUUGAUUCUGGAUUGCUCAUCCUGUUUUAGUGGUUUGGAUAUUAGAGGUCACUUUAUAUUGAAUUUCAUUCAUUCAACCAGCAUAUAUUAAGUGCCUAGUAUGUAUUAGGCACUGUGUUAGGAACUUGAGAUUUAAAAACAGACAUAAAACAGCUAUGCUCUGAAGAAAUUUUUGUUCCCUGGAGGACAUGAACACAAGAAAGCUGCAGAAUAGAUACAAAAUAGUUUUGCUUGGAAGGAAGGCAUUAACAAAUUCUGAAGUUUAAAGGAAGGUAAGGAUCCUGUGAGGGGCAGUAAGAAAGGGGUAUAUAUAAGCAUAGGAGAUAUCUUAUUAUUAUGUUAUGAGAUAACAUCUCAUAAUUAAUGAGUUACAUCUAUGGGGCAGAAUAAGUAUAUCAGUUUGGACUGUAAAAUGUGUGAGGGAGCAUAAUAUAAAAGUAAUUCUGGAAAGGUAGGGUUGGAGCCAGAUUGUAAAAAUUUAAGAGUUGAACUUAGGGUAGGCAAGAGGGAGCCGUUGGAGCUUUUUGGAGUGACAAGGUCCUGGCCGUUAAAUAUAUCAAUCUGGCAGUUUUCUAGAGGAUAAGUCAAAGAAGGAAGAGACUACUGGCAAGAGUUAGGUUAAAGGAAGUGAAAAUAUGAACUGUGAUGCUGGCCAUGUGAAUGAAUAUAAGGGAAUAGAUAUUAAAGACGGAAAUCUGCAAAUGAAAACACUUUGAUUGAUUGAUUUGAUUUGAUUCAAUCAAAACAAUUGAUUGAAAAUGAGGGGUGAGAGAAAAGCAAGAGUCAGGGAUAGCUUCCAAGUUGUGAAGAUGUGUGACUGAAAGGUUUUUAAUAUACUAAUGAAGUUGGGAAGAGGAAAGAAUUUUUUUAAAGUGAUUUUAAGUAUUUAAAUAUUAAAUUUUAAAGUAGGCAUUAAAAUUUUUGGAAGAUUUUAAGUAUUUUGGAUAUAUUAAAUUAGAAUGCUAUGGGCAUACAAUUUGGAAAUAUAUCCAAUAGUUGGCCAUGUUGGUUUAGAAUUCAGGAGACAGGUCACAAUUGGACAUAUAAAUCUGGGAGUUUUCUGAAUAAAGAUGAUAGUUGAGCUUAUUGGAGUUGAUAAAAUUACCGAGG